AUGAUGGAAGACAACAAACACCUGGCACAGAGGAUUGAUGGGGCCAUCCAGUCCGCCAGUCAGGAAGUGACCAACCUCCGCUCCGAGCUCUCGGCCACCAGCCGCAGACUGGCAGAGCUGGGUGCCAGCAGCCCCCCUGCUCUGGAGAACCACCACCAGCACAACCACCACGAUGACAGCCUCCAUUACCGGGAUCCAUCAGUCCAUCACAGACAGAAGACGGUGGUGACAGACAUGUGCUACCCGACAGAGAUAUCCAGCCUGAUGGACUUUGGCACUGCAGACUGCUCGCUAGGCAAAGUGUUGUUGCGCGAGGAGGUGGCCCAGCUUCAAGAGGAGGUCCACCUGCUCAGGCAAAUGAAGGACAUGUUGAGUAAGGACCUGGAGGACACGCAGGGCGGCUGCUCCUCUAAUCUGCUCUCAGCCACCGAGCUCCGCGUGCAGCUGGGCGACAAGGAGCAGGAGCUGGACCGAGCCAAGGAGGCCUUAACAGCUAUGAAAGCUGACCGUAAGCGUCUAAAAGGGGAGAAGGCCGACCUGGUGAGUCAGAUGCAGCAGCUGUACACAACACUGGAGAGCCGAGAGGAGCAGCUACGAGAAUUCAUUCGCAACUACGACCAGCACCGAAAGGAAAGCGAGGAUGCAGUGAAGGUCCUGGCGAAGGAGAAAGACAUGCUGGAGAGGGAGAAGUGGGACCUGAGGAGACAGACCAAGGAGGCCACGGAGCAGGCCAACAUCCUGCGCUCUCAGAUGGACAUGAAGGAGAACAGGAUCAAAGAACUGGAGGCCGAGCUCACCAUGGCGAAGCAGUCUCUGGCCACCCUGACAAAAGACGUACCGAAGCGGCAUUCGUUGGCCAUGCCGCCGGAGCCCGUGGUGAACGGCAGUCAGGAGUGGGUGAUGCAGGCCGACCUUCCUCUCACCGCCGCCAUCCGACAGAGCCAGCAGACGCUCUACCACGGCCACACCACGGACAGACAGGCUGUGGUCAGGAUCAGCCCCUGUCACUCUCGCCAGCCCUCGGUCAUCUCUGACGCCUCGGCAGCCGACGGCGACCGCUCGUCCACGCCCAGCGACAUCAACUCACCUCGUCACCGGACCCACUCCCUCUGCAAUUCCAUGGAGGACCUGGAGGACCAGAAGCGUAAGAAGAAGAAGGAGAAGAUGACUCUGGGAUCUCUGUCCCGUGUGUUCGCUCGGGGGAAGCAGCGCAAGUCACUGGACCCCGGCCUGUUUGAUGGUACAGCCACCCCCGAUUAUUACAUAGAGGAGGAUGCAGACUGGUGAUACUGUGUGUGUAAGCGUGAG